ACACUUUAUUCGAUACAACAACAAUGGCUGACUUGAUAGUACCAGGUGAUAAACUCCCUAUAGAAGACCCUAGCACUGUAAAGACCACGAUAGGGCCAGGGGUCUAUAAAAUGCCUACAACCCACAACCUAAUUCCUUGUUCAUCAGGAGUAAUCACAGUUGAAACCAAAAACAGCAAUCAAUUAGUAUAUAUUGAAUCCAAUAACAAAAGAUAUAUCCCUCAUACCAACGAUUUUGUGAUUGGUGUAGUCACUGGAGUGGUUGGUGAAUCUUACAAGGUUCAAUUACAAGAUUUUUCUUCACCAGUAUUACUUGGAUUCAUGGCUUUCCCAAAUGCCACCAAGAAGAAUCGUCCGAACUUAAAAAUUGGGCUGGCUGUAUAUGCAAGAGUGUUACAAGAUAUUCCUGAAAUUGAGGCUGAAUUAGAAUGUAUAGAUCCCACCACUGGGAAAGAAGGUGGGUUUGGAUUAUUGGACGAAUCAGGGUAUAUUUUCGAUGUUGAAUUAAACUUUGCUCGUGAGCUAUUAUUCAAUCCAAAAACAGUCUUUUUGCAAUUAUUAUCUACUAAAUGUCAAUUUGAAAUAGCUAUCGGUAUAAACGGUAAGAUUUGGAUUAAAUGUGGUGAAGGUUUGAAAGAAAAGACUAGCGAUUCUAUGGAAACUGAUGAAGAAGAUCCUGCUACUAACAUUAAAGAUUUACGUACAACUUUGGCAGCUGCUAAUUUCUUAAUAAAAUGUCAACAUAUAACUCAAGAUAAACUUAAAGCUGAGUUGACGAAUGCAUUUAAGGGAAUAUAGAUGAUUCAUAGACUAAUAUACGAUACCAGUGGAUAUUGUCCCC